AUGAGCAAGUUGUUGAAAGUUCACACUGAGUGGUUAGACUCUAUAGGAUAUUCGCCUUACGUCUGGCUCCGAGGUGACUGGCAUCAACCCCUCCAUCUCUUAUCGAAACUGCUGGCCGUGCAACUGCAAGAGAGGUCUCAUUCUGUUAUCUUUGUUGUUUUUGUUCCAAAAUUGUCUCUUUCAGAAGGCCACCCAACUCUGAUGUUGCAACUUGCUGAAGAAACACUGGGAAUUCCUUGUCUCAUCACGGAAAAGGAUCUGAUGAUAAAGUAUCCGAAUAUAAUGCUUGCGAUGUUGGUUUAUCUCAUUUGUGUCAAACACUCGGUGGAUUUCAUCGAUCCAAAAUCUCUGCGUCACGUAGUAGCUCCGAAACUAGUUUUCGAAGCUAGGAAUGGUGGAGAUGCUCAGUUUCCCAGAUGUGCCUCCUGUCACGAACAUAUUAAAACUCAAAAUUAUUUCAAGAUUAUCGUAGAGGCCAUCGUGUGGCAUAGACAGUGUUUCAAAUGUGUGGAAUGCAACGCCCCUAUGAGAGCUGGGGGCUUCAAGAAGGGGAAAAGAGGAUACGAAUGUGUUAUUCAUGCUAUCAGACGUAUCCUGGAUGCAGCAGAGGAAAAGAAGACUUUUCGACCAAAAAUCGCCCCACCUGCGGCGCCUUCGCCUAGCCCUUCAAGUGUAGGAAUGAAAAGAGAAGCGGAGAAUUCGGUUCCACCACCAAUUUCCCCAAAACCUCGACUUCCCUCUGGUGGCAAAACCAAACCUCUGCCUCCUCCUAAGCCUGCCAGGUUUUCUUCUUCUAAGGAAUCUAAGUUGGUGCAAGAUGAAACCAGAAAAGAAAUGAAGGCUCGUGAAUACGAAGAGGUUUCCAUCGAAUCGGAAAAUUCCGGGGACUCUGGUAUUGUUGUUAAGGCGCAGAAUCUUUACGUCGAUACAGACUCGGAAGGAUACCAAUUCGUUGGUGUUACAGCUUCGGCGCCGUUGCUAACCCUUUCGACUGAAGCAAGCGUCCCGGAUAGCCAUCAUCUGGGUAUCAGAUUUGCUUUUAAUUCUAGCGCAACUCCUUCCUCUCUUUUACCCGGAGAAUCAGACCGUCCGAAAUGCACCCCACCACCACCUCCUCAGUUAACUGCGUCUAUCAGCCCGGAAGAGAUUAUGUUCACCGACCACAAAACACUGGGUGAUACGAUUGAUAUUGCCAGCAAGCUUGAAAGUCUUGAUGAAGAAUUAUCUAAAAUCGUAAGGGAAGGAAAGCAACUAGAGGUUGAAAUGCUAUUUCUCAUCACUCAAAAUCCCAGCGGCUGGCUGAAAAUGCCCAGAACUGAAGAAUUCAUUGCUGUUAUGUGCCGAUUUUUGGACAAACUAAAAGAAAGCUGUUUCCUGCAGUACAUGUGGAGGGAAGCAUUUCUUAAUGAGAUCCAUUCGGAAACUGAGUACCAUCUUCGAUGCAUCGUUGAAAAAGAAACACAGGAUAGUAAGCAUAUUUCUUCUCUUCUCUAUCUGUAUUAA